ACAUGAUCAGAAGAUAGCAUCAUACACCAUGAUCAUGGCCCCCCGGAAGAGGAAUCGUCAUGCGUUGGGGUUUCUUUGUUGUUUUGGGGGUAGCGACCUCCCUGAAAUCAACCUCAAGGACAAUAACCCCCUCCAGUUCCUUGAGUUUUCUGUCCCAAUUCCACCACCAGAGGAGCUCAAUGCCAGAUUCUCCGAACUUGUGGAUGAACUGGAUCUCACAGACAAGAACAGAGAGGCUAUGUUUGCACUCCCUCCAGAGAAGAAAUGGCAGAUUUACUGCAGCAAAAAGAAGGAACAAGAAGAUCCUAAUAAGCUUGCUACCAGCUGGCCAGAUUACUACAUUGACCGCAUCAAUUCCAUGGCAGCAAUGCAGACUUUGUACGCUUUCGAUGAAGAAGAAACAGAAAUGAAAAAUAAAAUAGUUGAAGACUUGAAGACAGCUCUUCGAACUCAGCCUAUGAGGUAA